AUGGAACAACCGAAAACACCGCCACAUGAUAGAGAGUCAUUUCAGAGGGAGCAGCCUCAUCUGAAUAUCCUGUCACCGACCGACUCACCCCGAACCCAGCCACUUGGCUCUGAUGGCAGUUGUGAAGUCGACAGUCAAAGCUUAAACAGCCCGCUUACAGAACCGAAUCCUUCCACCGAAGAUGGCACCAUCUUCACUGAGGGCAUCACAAUCAGCACAGAACUCGCGGAUCUUUAUGCCGAGAAUAUCCUAGCCAAAGUCUAUCGGACAGCGUGCAAGUCCAUGAUUGGGGAAAGAAGAUUCCCCGAUUAUUUCCCCGAAUACGUUCCCCAAGAUGGUCCGGAUGCUGGGAGUUAUACACUGCGUGAAGCAGACUUCUGGACGUGUGGCUUCUUCCCCGGAACCUUAUACUCCUUGCUGGAAAGGGCCAUCCGUUUCCCCGCACAUCUUGGAAGCCCAAAUAUUACUUCUUCACAACAACCCAACAGUAUCAGUAUACAGACCAUUCGCCUGAAUCUCCAUGCACUGUGCGAUACCUGGUCCAGGCCGCUACACGAAAUGACUAGCCGUACAGACACCCAUGACAUAGGAUUCAUCGUUAUGCCGGCGUUGCGUCUCGAUUGGGAACUUACGGGAAAUUCACGGAGCCUAGACUCCAUCAUCCAGGCUGCAAAGAGCCUGGCGACUAGAUAUGUUCCCACCUCGGGCGCCAUCCGGAGUUGGGACUUAUUACUGAAGAAGAACCUGGAAAUCCGAGAUCAAACCGAGAAUAUGAUUCUCAUCAUUGACAGCCUGUGUAAUCUUGAUCUUCUGUAUUAUGCAGCCAGUCACAUGCCCAACGGAAAGGAACUCUACGAUAUAGCCACUUCACAUGCGCGAGUGUUGCUUCGAACGCACCUAAGAAAAGAGCCCCCCAUGUCCCUAGACAGUCUAUCAUAUAAAGGUGCUUGGUAUUCGACAUGUCAUGUGGCCAAUAUAAAUCCCCGAAAUGGAGAGCUCAAAGCACGCCUGACUCACCAAGGUUACGAUAACGAAUCCACAUGGGCCCGCGGCCAGUCGUGGGGUAUUCUAGGAUACGCCCAGACAUACAUGUCUACCAAAGAUGACGAGUUCCUCUGGGCAGCGUGCGGCUUGGCCGAGUACUUCCUCCACAGACUGAAAACGGCUCCAGAUUGCGUUCCCCAAGGCACGCGGCUGGUUCCUCUGUGGGAUUUCGAUGCUCCAAUUGAUGAUCCCUCGAACCCAUUGCGUGACUCUUCGGCUGGCGCCAUUGCUGCCAAUGGCAUGCUAGUGCUCUCGCAGGGAUUGGCGGCUGCAGGCCAGGAUAAACUCUCCAUCAGGUACCGCCGAGCAGCGGUUGAGAUUGUCCAUGAGCUCCUCGACUUUGCUCAGGGGCCUGAAAAGGCUCGCCUCGUGGGGGGAUGUACAAGUGCAAUUACGGUUGAGGAUGAAACGCCCCAGACCUUUGAUGCGAUCCUCAAGUUUGGUACAGCUAACAACAACCAAUACUCUAAGAAGCGGUAUUCCAAUCAUGGUCUGGUCUAUGGAGAUUACUAUCUGGUCGAAUUCGGUAAUCGGCUGCUGCGAAUGGGUCUCGUGUGA